AUGACAAUAGGUUUGGCUGGCUUCGAUAUCUUCGUGGCGAGUCGAGUGAUUUUUGGGCCUUCACCGGAAUCUGGCACAGUUCCGGAGCUUCUUGUUCUUUCACUUGUCAAGUUCCGUAAAAGACUGGUUCUUAACCGAGACUUCAGUUUCGUUUCGAAACCUUGUGGGAUUAGGAAUAAAGCAUCGCAAGUUAUGAGCCUGGAGAAGCAUUGGAAACCUCAGUUUCUUGCAUUCUCUAAGAAGCUUCGACUCAUUGCAAUUGACUCGCUGAACCUCAUCAUGGAGAAUGCACCAAAGGUACCUUUAAGUCUGGAUGCCCUCAGUUUAAGAGAACUAGGUUCACGAAAUACAAAUGUUGUUCAGAACGAAGAUAAGCAGACUAGUCACAUAUUCGGAGGCUGCUUCAAGAGAUCGAACCCAGGAGGCUGGAGUUCAGCAUUCAUUUUGUUAGCAAAUCAAGCGCUUGCAACACUAGCUUUCUUUGGUGCGGGGGUCAACUUGGUUUUGUUCUUAACUCGAGUUCUUGGACAAGACAAUGCCACUGCAGCAAAUAAUGUCAGCUUAUGGACUGGAACUGUAUACUUAUGCUCAUUUAUAGGAGCAUUCCUCAGUGAUUCGUACUGGGGUCGAUAUCUGACUUGUGCAAUCUUUCAAGUGAUAUUCGUUGUGGGUCUUGUGCUUUUGUCCUUGUCAUCUUGGCUAUUCUUGCUCAAACCUGAGGGUUGUGGUGAUAGAAAACAAAUGUGUAAGCCAACUUCAUCAUUUGGUUCAACCAUGUUCUAUAUUGCUAUAUAUUUGGUAGCCUUAGGAUAUGGUGGACAUCAACCUACUUUAGCCACCUUUGGAGCAGAUCAAUUCGACGAAUCAGACGCAAAACAGAAGGUUUCGAAAUCUGUUUUCUUCUGCUACUUCUACUUUGCACUUAACGUUGGCUCUUUAUUUUCCAACACGAUAUUGGUUUACUUUGAGGAUUCCGGCAAAUGGACAUUUGGGUUUUGGAUGUCCACUGGCUCGGCUGUUAUAGCAUUACUAUCCUUUUUGCUUGGUUCUGGUGGCUAUCGAUAUCUGAAGUCUUAUGGCAACCCAUUGCCACGUGUUGCACAAGUGUUUGUCGCUGCGAAACGGAAAUGGAAUGUGAAACGUGCUAAUGGAGAGGAGUUAUACGAGGUGGAAGGAUUGGAAUCUGCCAUUAAAGGAAGCAGAAAAAUUCUUCACAGUAACGAAUUCCGGUGUCUCGACAAGGCAGCAAUAAUAACAGAUGAUGAUCGACGUGGCGGAGCAAAUCCAUGGAGACUUUGCACCAUCACUCAAGUUGAGGAAUCCAAAUGUAUCAUAAGAAUGAUACCUAUUUGGCUAUGCACUAUUAUAUAUUCGGUGGUUUUUACUCAAAUGGCGUCACUCUUCGUAGAGCAAGGGGAUGUGAUGGAUACCCGCAUCGGAAACUUUCACCUUCCAGCAGCCAGCAUGUCUGCUUUCGACAUCUGUAGUGUCCUCCUUUGCACGGGAAUUUAUCGCCAAAUUCUAGUACCUCUGGCUGGCAGACUAAGUGGAAAUAGUAGAGGAUUAACCGAGCUCCAUCGAAUGGGCAUUGGCCUAAUUAUUGGAAUGCUAGCCAUGAUUGCAGCUGGUAUAACUGAGAUCGAGAGACUCAAAAGGGUUGUCCCUAAUAAACGCUCGAGCUCUUUAAGCGUAUUCUGGCAAAUUCCUCAGUACAUGCUUGUUGGUGCAUCCGAGGUUUUCAUGUAUGUAGGACAGCUCGAGUUUUUUAAUGGGCAAGCACCCGAUGGGAUAAAGAGUUUUGGCAGCUCUCUUUGUAUGGCUUCAAUUUCUCUUGGUAAUUAUGUUAGUAGCAUGCUUGUGCACAUGGUGACGGAAAUUACGACAAAAGGAAGACGACCGGGGUGGAUUCCGGAGAACUUAAACAAUGGCCACAUGGACAGAUUUUACUUUCUCAUUGCAGCUUUAACUGCCAUUGAUUUCUUGAUUUAUGUAUUGUGCGCUAAAUGGUACAAAUGCAUCAAUCUUGAUGAGGAGGAUACGGUUGCACAGCCAAAGAAUAGUGUCAUCGUAACUCCAGAUGGAGGAUCGGGACAACAAGAGGAAGAAAUGCUUAAUAGAGUUUGA